AAAAGAAGAUUUUUUAACAUCUUAACUCCAUUUUCCUGUUGAUUUUAGUUUAUAAUUUUACUCAUUAUUCUCAUCAUUGAAUUUAUUUCUAAAUUGUUUCAUUCUCUGAAUUAAAACCGUAUUUCAUCUCUAAAUUUAACAGUAAUUCAUUAUGGAAGAUAUAUUUCACUGGUGCCGUGAAGGUAAUGGUGUUUUGGUCCGAGUUUGGCUUGACGAUACAACUCAUGAUUUAAAUCAAGGUGAUGAUCAUGGUUUCAGCCCUCUUCACUGGGCUUGUAAAUCUGGAAGAAGACAUAUUGUUGAGAUGUUAAUCAAUCGAGGAGCUCGAAUCAAUGCAACCAACAUGGGUGAUGAUACUGGUCUUCAUUUAGCAGCAGCUCAUGGUCACAGAGAGAUUGUUAAUUAUCUUCUUCGUCAUAAAGCAGACGUUAAUUCAAUCAAUGAACAUGGGAACACUCCUUUACAUUAUGCUUGUUUCUGGGGAUAUCAGCAGAUUGCCGAGGAUCUAAUCAACGCUGGAGCUCGAGUAAACAUCAUCAAUAAGUAUGGUGAAACGCCAUUAGAUAAAAGUAAAGGACAAAUGGCUUCAAGUUUACUUGAGUUAGCUGAAAAGAUGGGUCAAGAUGUGUCCAAAAAAGUGCCUUACAAAGAACAAGGUUGGCUUGGAACUAAAACUCGCUCUCGAGAUGCUACACUUUCUCGUCACAUGGGUAUAAAACUGGAAGAUCUUCAUUUACAGGAGAAAAUAGCAAUCACCAAAUCUGGUGAAACAUGGCGAGGCAUUUGGCAAAACAAUGAGAUUGCUGCUAAAUUUUUAUCUCUUGGAGUGAAACCUUCGGCGGAUGUUAUUCGUCGAGCUUCCAGAAAUUUUUCAGAGGAGUUCCCGCGUCUCAGAAUAUUUUCACAUCCAAAUGUUUUACCUGUUAUUGGUUGUACCAAUUCGCCGCCUAAUUUGGUUGUAAUCAAUCAAUUCAUGCCUUAUGGAAGCCUCUACCAAGUACUUCAUCAACCCACAAAUCUUGUUGUAGACCAAACUCGAGCUUUAAGAUUUGCUGUUGAUAUCGCCAAAGGAAUGGCUUUUCUACACUCAUUAGAACCAAUGAUAAUGCGCUAUUUCCUCAACUCUAAACAUGUCUAUAUUGAUGAAGAUCUUACAGCUAGAAUAAACAUGGCUGAUACUAAGUUUUCAUUCCAAGAACGCAACAAAUAUUAUCAUCCUGCUUGGAUGGCUCCAGAAGUAUUACAGAAAAAGCUUACAGAAAUCAAUGUAAAGGCUGCCGAUAUGUGGUCAUUUGCUGUUCUUUUGUGGGAAUUAGCAACUCGACAAGUACCUUUUGCUGAGCUUUCACCAAUGGAAUGUGGAAUGAAAAUUGCCUUGGAAGAUUUACGUAUUUCCAUCCCUCCUGGAAUAUCCUCACACAUGGGAAAAUUAACCAAAAUUUGUAUGAAUGAAGAGCCAGGUAAAAGGCCAACAUUUGAUCAAGUAAUACCAAUUCUUGAAAAAAUGAUUCAUGCCUGAUGUUACUUUUUACGCUAAACCGGAUUGAAGGAAGAAAGAGCCACGCAUAGAAAAUUUAUUAUACAAAUUAUUAUGAAUAUAUUGACGAUUAUUCGGAAACUUAAUAUGAUGGAAAUCAACUUUAACCUCGCAAUAUUGUAAUAAAACUCCUGAAUAUACUUUUUGGUUGUUUUUUCUCGAUUGUGCCUUACAUAGCCACUGAUACUCUAUUCUGGAUUUCAAUACGAAUCUGUUUCAACGGAUCAUGAUCAAAUUGUAUUUUAUGAGUUUACCAAAGUAUCAAUGAUCUGAGCUUAACUCUGAUUUGUGAAGAAAGUUAAACUUGGAAGACUUUCACUGCCUUAAGAUACAGCUAAUAAAAUAUGUGAAUGAUAUAAAA